GAGAUCUGUUGUCUGAUCAUUAGUGGACGGAGCCCAGUAUAAGGUGUAUGAGCUCAGUCUCAAGAUGUCUCUUAUAGAAGGUCUUCUACAGACAUCAAGCACAGUGACCCUGCUGGGUACUGUGCUGUUUCUACUGGUCCUCUACCUCCGCUCCUCUGGUUCCAGCUCUGAGGAACGGGGGAAGGAGCCUCCAGGACCGAGGCCGCUGCCCCUGCUUGGUAACAUGCUCCAGCUGGACCUCAAGAAGCCCUACUGCACUCUCUGCGAGCUCUCCAAGAAAUAUGGUUCCAUCUUCACGGUUCACUUUGGACCCAAGAAAGUGGUUGUUCUGGCAGGAUACAAGACGGUCAAGCAGGCGCUGGUCAACCAGGCAGAGGACUUUGGGGACAGGGACAUCACUCCUGUGUUCUAUGAUUUCAACCAAGGACAUGGGAUUCUGUUUGCCAAUGGAGACUCAUGGAAAGAGAUGAGGCGCUUUGCCCUGACAAACCUUAGAGACUUUGGGAUGGGCAAGAAAGGGAGUGAGGAGAAAAUCUUAGAGGAAAUCCCCUACCUGAUUGAAAUGUUGGAAAAACAUGAGGGUAAGGCAUUUGACACCACCCAGCCUGUGCUUUAUGCCGUCUCCAACAUAAUCUCGGCCAUUGUCUAUGGCAGCAGGUUUGAAUACACUGACCCACUAUUCACAGGCAUGGCGGACAGGGCCAAGGAGAGUGUUCACCUUACAGGUUCUGCAUCAAUUCAGAUGUACAACAUGUUUCCCUGGUUGGGUCCGUGGAUAAACAACCUGACACGUCUGAAAAGGAAUAUUGCUGAUAUGAAGAUGGAGGUGACAGAGCUGGCGAGGGGCCUGAAGGAGACUCUGAACCCUCAUAUGUGUAGAGGCUUUGUGGACUCGUUCCUCGUCCGAAAGCAGACCCUGGAGGAAUCUGGCAAUAUGGAUUCUUUCUACCAUGACGACAACCUGGUAUUUAGUGUUGGUAACCUGUUUGCUGCUGGUACCGACACCACCGGGACAACCCUGCGCUGGGGUCUGCUGCUAAUGGCCAAGUACCCCCAUAUACAGGACCAGGUCCAGGAGGAGAUCAGCAGGGUCAUAGGAAGUCGUCAGCCCUUGGUAGAGGACAGGAAGAACCUUCCCUACACUGAUGCAGUGAUCCAUGAGACCCAGAGACUGGCCAACAUUGCACCCAUGUCCAUCCCUCACACCACCAGCCGAGAUGUCACCUUCCAGGGAUAUUUCAUCAAAAAGGGGACGUCUGUGAUUCCUCUACUGACGUCGGUCCUACAGGAUGAUAGCGAAUGGGAGAGCCCCAACACCUUUAACCCCUCACACUUUCUGGAUGAGCAGGGAGGAUUUGUCAAGAGGGACGCCUUCAUGGCCUUUUCUGCAGGUCGUAGGGUGUGUCUGGGCGAGGGUCUGGCCAGGAUGGAGCUCUUCCUCUUCUUCACCUCCCUCCUGCAGCGCUUUCGUUUCUCUCCUCCUCCUGGAGUAACAGAGGAUGAUCUGGAUCUCACACCUUUACUGGGGUUCACCCUCAACCCUUCACCUCACCAGCUGUGUGCUGUGAACCGGGUCUGAGAUUUUAACAUGAAAAUAUUGGUGGAACAAACUCAAUCAAAAAAGCUAAUAUGCAUCGAAACCCAUUAAAUGCACCAUCAUAAUAACCAAUCCCAGAAAUUAGUUUGCGUGACACACAAACAUUAUUAUAUUUUGUUUGAUCGGUGCAUAGGCUGAUUCCAAUAUCCUUUUAGAUUUAAUUGCAAAGGAGGACCACAGUAGUUGAACAUACUUCAUAGAGUAAAGUACUUUUUUUUUUCAAUUUAAAGUUUUAUUAAGUUUUCUUGUUUUUCAAUCAACCAACAAAACACAUUCCACAUUCACAGAUGUGACAGGCUUUCAAAAAAAUAAAAAGUCAAAAAAUAAUACAUUUGAAAAAAUAAAAAUACAAUUAAAAUGAAUGAUAAAGUCAAAUAAAAGCAUUUAUUUUUCUUAAUCUAUAUAUUUUCCUUGGUACAUAUACAUACAUAAAUACAUACAUACAUACGUACAUACAUACACACAUAUACAUACACACACACAUACGCACACGUACUCAAAAACAAAAAACAAAAAAACAACAACAACAUAUACACACUUGCAGCAGCACUAUCAAGGUUCUUAUCAGCUAUUUCAAGCAUUCGCUGAGACGACGGGACAAUAAUUCGUUUUUAGGUUUUACAGUACCUUACACAACAUGUAUCUGCGCAUUUCCCUAGUCACCCCGUUCACUCUGUCCAGUUUGAAAUAUAGUUGAAUAGUGGAGACCAGAGUCUAUCAAACUUGGGCUGUCUCUUGUGGAGGUCAUAAGUGAGCUUUUCAAGAGGAGUAAAGUCAACAACUGGUCAAUCCACAUUUUAAAUGUGGGGGGGGUAUUAGAGGCCCACAAUAGAAGAAUACAUUUCUUAGCAAAGUAUGUAAUCGUCAUAAGCAAAUUUUCUCUGUCAGGAUCAAGAACAAAGUCCUGCUGGGCAUUAAGAAGAUAGAUACACGGGGUCAUAUCAAACUGUACCUCUAGUAUUUUCUGUGCAGCAGUAUAUACAGAUUGCCAGAAUCUGGCAAUCUCCCUACAGCUCCAAAAUACAUGCAUAUAGGUUCCGCUUUCAGAGGUACAUCUUUUACAGUUAGGAAACAUAUCUGUUUUCAUUCUAUGGAGUCUCAAAGGAGUAUCAUAAAAUUUGUACAAAAAUGUGUAAUUAGAUUCUUUCAUUUUUACACUGGUAGAGGAGCAGUAUACCCUGUCGCAAACCUCCGCCCAUAACUCAUCACUGAUAGUCAGACCAAGGUCCUUUUCCCAGAUUAUUUUCAAAGGAGUAAAGGAGGAGCUUCCUUUCUCAGAAAGGAGUCUAUAGAUGUAAGAUAUUUUGCCUUUAAUGGAUUGUGCUGUGACAAGAAGGGUUUCAACUGAGUUCUAAACCUCCUCUUGGAGGUAAAUGAGGGAAUUACAUGUCUAAUUUGAAGAUAUU